ACCAACAUUAAAGCUUUGAAUACCAAGAGGACUCCAAUAAAUAAAUCUCCAAGAGAAGAUGUCUCAUUCACUUGACAUCACGAAAGCGAAUAAAAAGGAAACCAAUCAGAAGGAACACGCGAAUAGUUGGCGUAGCUGUUGGCGUUUCGAACACUUGCAAGACCAUUCCGAUAUCGGCAUCUUGCUCCUGUGCUUCUGCCAAAGCGAGGCCAAUGAUGAUAGCAUACCGGUACUGGUAGUCAUAAAUGACAACAGGAUUAUCUUGAAGAAAGAGUAGACGAAUCAACUCGUUUUGAGGAGAAAGGCAAAGUACAGCAUGCACUGGGAAUUUAAGAAUUCUGAUACCCUAAAGUAUCUAGGACGGGUGUGGUCGACCCUUGGCAUUGUGGUGCCAUCCAUCGACUUGACCGUUGACGUGGUAGUGCCUUGGAAUCGAAAGGGGAAAAUCAAAGAGGAUUCACCGUCCACCGAGCAUAACAAAAGCUGUACACUUGCUCCGGGCAACAUGCUCGUGUGGUCGAUGAUGCUGGGAAGAAGCUCCAAUGCACCGUUUGCGGCGACGGUUCUAUACUCUUUUCUGUCACUGGUGGUGUGGACCGUGGCAGUGUUGGGUCUGCAUCAUCUACGAUACAGUCAGAGGACGAAUCCAGAUGAUCAAGUUCUACAGGCAGCCUUCAAGUUUUGGCAGCCACAAGGCCGGCAAAUUGAUAAUAUUGAUUCUCUGUAUCGCCUGGAUCUCUCCACCGAGGAAAACUACAAGGCUGGCAAUGAUAAUAAUAAUGAAGAUUCCGACAACAAUUUCUGCGGCAGCAAAUUCGCCAGUAUCCGCAGCGAAUUGGACUACAACUUUCACAGCCAUUAUCGAUGCGAGCGAAUCAUGUUUCAAGAUGAUAUCAUCGAGUCUCGGUUACUGCAUGCACCGACGACAAAAGAAUUGGAUGGACACACCUGCACGGCGGGGAAACAUUGGGCCGUCUUUACGGCUGGAGUAAUGGGCGCGGGAAAGUCGUACACCAUUCGAAAGCUAGACGAGAAAGGACGCUUUCCGCUCUCCCAGUUUGUCGUGGUCGACCCCGACAGCAUUCGACGACAAUUACCAGAAUUUGAACGAUACGUUCAAGCCGUUCCCGAACGAGCUGGGGAGCUCACGCGAAAGGAAGCUGGCAAAAUAUCGGAAAUACUGUCACAAGCGGCUCUGGAGCGAGGACAAAAUGUGUUGGUCGAUGGCACUCUGCGCAACUCGACAUGGUAUCAAGAGUACUUUCAGGAGCUUCGAGAACGAUAUCCCCAAUUGCAGAUUGGUAUUCUGCACGUUACAGCUCCGCGGGAAGCCAUUCUGGAGCGCGCCAUGAGCCGGGCAAAGGUGACAGGCCGCGUGGUUCCGAUUGAUUUACUCGAGCGAAACAUGCUAGAAGUGCCAGACUCGAUCAAAGCUCUGUCGCCGCUGGUGGACUUUGCGGUGGAACUACGCAAUUCACCGGGAUCCACGGAUAUUGAGAUUGUAACUCCUUCGGUUAAUUGGAGUUCCUUCAAGAAAGUUUGGAAGCAGAGUUUGUGCUGAAGACACGACAAAAAGGCAUGAUAGCUGAUGCAAGCACGAAGCUGAGAGGCUGUGCGCGAUUUUCAAUUCGGCAACACCAGGAGCUAUCUGAACAAUGGGUUCCCGUUUUCGGCCGUCGCACCCUCCAAGGUGAACGAGAUUUAUCGCUGGCACCACCGCAUACGCGUGAGGGACCUGGACGCAAUCGACGCGCUAAACAUCAUCCUACUAGUGGCGCACUUUCAUGACGAUGAGGUCCCUGACUUUAGAGUUAUAACAGUUUUAUAAUACAAGCAGACUGCUGCGGUUUUGAC